AUGGAAAUUUUAAUCAAUAAUUCUGUUAUUGAACUUGUAAGAGGAUACCCUAAAUUACAGAAUUUGGAAAUUAGUUGGGACGGAAAUAUCACCAAUAGAUCUAUCUAUAAAAUUGCGAAAUCGUAUCAUGAUUUAAGGUAUCUAGAAAUAAGCAGAGGUUCGUACUCAGAUCUGAGAAAAUUAAAUCUCAGUGAUUGUGAUAAAGUAACUGAUAUAGAUACAGUGGUAGAAGCAGUAACACAAUCAUGUUACUUUUACAAACUUAUAACUGAUAUAACUAUCAAAGAUAUUACACAUAAUUUAUCAAAUCUAAAAUAUCUUGAUUUAAAAUAUUGUGUAAAUAUUAGCAAAGAAGCAUUAGAUAUGCUGAAUCUGAAUUUAGAUGUAGGUGAAUAUUAUACAAUUCCAUCUGCUUUAUAA